AAGUUACUAAAUUGAGGAAGAUACAGUAAGGCUGAAAGUUCUUCAUACAGCCACAGGCUCACCGCUGUUCCCAGGAAAGUGGUAUAUAAUAGGAACCCUGGAAGAAGGAAACUAGGUCCUUUUCUGGGUCUUCGGCUCUGUCAGCAGAAAGAGCCAGUCUUCCUGAAGGAAUCCAGAAGGAAAGGAUUUUUUAAACCAAAAAGUUGGGUACACAUCCAGCACCCAAGGAAUCAGUCAUGUCUUUCAAGGUGUGUCUUCUCCUUUCCUUCCUCGUGGCCACUGCUCUGUUCCAAGGAAGUGAAGGCACAUCCUACAGCGACUUCUUGAAAAGGCACCUGGACAACCCGAAGUCUGACUAUCAGAAUGACGAGACUUAUUGCAACCUGAUGAUGAGUCGCAGGAACCUGAACUGCCAGCAGGGCAACACUUUCAUCCAUGCUAUUGAACAGCAGCUGGUUGACAUCUGCAAUUCCACAGGGAAAGUCCUGGAUGGGAACCAGACCAGCAAAACCCUUUUCCCCAUCACAGUCUGCACCCUGCAGAAUGGCUCCAACAAGCUCUCCUGCAAGUACAAAGGGGAGACAAAAAUCAAGAAGAUUCGGGUUACCUGCCAGAAAGGCCUCCCUGUUCAUUAUAUUGCCCAUACCUAAGUGUGGAGGGAAAGGAAAUGUGGAGCUGGAAGAGAUAGGGCUUAUGAUGUGAUCCCACCUUCUCAACAGCUCUUUUGCAAAGCACCUCUUACUCAUACAGAGCUCAUUAUAAUUCUGUGCCUAGUAGCAACUGGUCUCCUUAGCUUGAAAUCUAAUUUUGGUGACUGAUGAUGUUUCAUUUCUGAUUUAAGUCUAUGCAGCACAUUGCCAAAUGUUGAUUUUAAAUUAGUGUUAAAACAGCAAUAAUAAUUGUUUAUUUGAAUACAAGAAUAUACCUUUCAAAGUGAGUUUGCAGUUUCCUGGCCAGUUUCUGUAAUACAAUAAACAAAAACUAUUACCAAUCUA